CGUCGUUCAAGUUGUUGGUGCUUUCCUCUUUGCUUGUGACGUCACUUCGAGCGCACACUUUCCUUUUUGACGUUGGCUCCAAAAUUUGGCUCCCUUUUUGGAAAAGCAACUUCUCUCGUCGCUCGUCGACGGAAAGUCAAAUGCGUUCGACACCGUGUUGACAGAGAGCUUCAUCUCUUGAAAAGAUGAAUUUCCCGACAAGAUCAGGACCACUGCCAUUCCCUGGUCGCCGUGGUCUUGUCGUCCUUGUAUUAUGGGGUCUCGUGGGGUUGGUUUUCUUGAUGCUCUCCAAGGAGAACCACAUACCGGGAGGCGUUUACCAAGCAAAGAGACGGACCGACAUUACCUACGAGUAUACUGAAACAUACUACAAAAAGAUACCGCACGAAAUCAAAACAUCGAGGCGGCCCGAUGUUGAGCUGCGAGCAAUAGAAGAGAACCCACAAAGCACAAUUCACCGGGGGAAAGAUGGAAUAACAAGAACCAACACCACAAAGAAAGGAAGAAACCACUCAAUUGCCAGGAAUGCCACGAAACAAGUCAAUGCCACAAUUUCAAGAAAUAUUCACAACACUACCAAUGUCGCAAAGACAAGCAACAUGCCAAGGGCAUCGGCUCAUGGAAAGAUCCAUGACUCGACACGAAUGGUCCCCGCCGUGAACAAGACACGCAGCAUUGCAUUUGUACACGUCGGCAAGAACGGCGGGAAUACGGUUCGCAUGGCACUGCCUCGACUGAAAUGUCGACGGUUGCCAGGAGGACUCCGAAAACAAAUGUGGUGUUUCAAAAACACGUGGAGACGAGAUUCACCAUUGUCCCAACAAGCCAAUGCGGAAAUGCACAUGAACAACAUUGGUCCAACAACAGAUAUCCUGCGCAAGGACUACACCACAUUUCUGUUUGCCUUGCGAAACCCCGUCACACGAGCCGUGUCGGCAUAUCACUACUUGCAUCACGACAAUAAGAAGAGCACGUUCGCCCAGAAAAAGCAUCCUCUAAAAGACAGGUUCUACAAGACAUGCUUUCCAAAGCUGCAAGACUUGCUCGAGACGCUGGAGGAAAUCGAGGAGCAAAACAACAACAACAACAACAGUAAAGAUAACAACAUGAGAACGACAAAUCUUCAGGAAGCAAACGAUACACACGACAAUCCAUUGCAUCCACGACAUUGUCAACGAAUGGCCGUCACCGUGCUCAAAGGCAGCAAUCCUCGAGUCAAGCACAUCAACGUGCAUCUAAAAGACAAUUACGAAUUCUACUACGAGAAAACCGUGAAAGCCCUUCCAGACAAGGAGGUUUUGGUCAUUCGAACCGAGCAUCUCUGGGACGACCUAAAGGAGCUCGAUGUUGCCUUGGGGGGCCCGGGCGUCUUUGAACGGGAAGGCAAGGUGCUCAAUCACAACAACAACAACAAUCGCAAGGGCAAAGACGACAAUACGAAUGGGGAUGCUUCUUCUUCGUCAAUGGAUCCACGCAAAGAUCACCAGAUGAAAGACUUGUGCUGCGUCUUGGUGGAGGAGAUGAAAAUUUACCAAGAGAUUUUGAACCGAGCCAUCAACUUUAGCUAUCAUCGAAAGCUACAAACCAUGUACGACGUAUGGGCAUCGUGCGGUAUUACUAGCCACCAAAUCACGCAGUACAUGUACCAGCAGGCAGGUGACGCUGGUCGAGGGAAUGCAACAACAACUGUCAAUGGAUCAGAUGCUGCCAUCAUCAACUUUUCGUGGUCUAGAUGGCACGACGAGAACUGCCCAGUGCUGACAGUAGGGAUGAACGAUGACCUGCGUUGAACAAGCAGCAUGGGAAGAAGUUGUGGGUUUCCAUUGUGCAGGAGGAGGGGGGCGCACCUUUUGAAGCCGCUGCAUCAACGACAAUGUUUUAUCUCACAAUUCAAUAGUUGGAGCGGGGCACGAACCGCAGACGGCCAAUCCAAGGUGGCUAUUCGUUGAGCAUCUACUAUGACAGGAUGUUGUGAGCAUCUACUCCAAUAUCAUGUUGUAGGAUUCUUCGUGAUCAGAGCAAUGCAUCAGCAGAUGACAACGAGGGAGAAAUCUCCAAAAGAUAGAACAUCAAACAAUAUGCUAAAGGGCUCUGCCUCUUAUCCCAGCCCAUAACUAUACCGGUACGGUACUGCAAGCUAGCUAGUUGUGCUUGUUCACUUGUCAACAAAUCCAAGUCCAAUGCUAAGAAAAACCAGAUCAGGAAUGACUUGGCUGUCCAGCCUGCCAUCCAUCGCCAUCCAAUCAACAGCGGCACCGACACUCGCAAGAAUAUGGUAGGAUGGUGAAUUCUUCGUGGCAAAGAGAUGGUGUCUGUUGGAAGGUUUCAUUAACCCAGCAAGAAUCAUCUUGUCCCCAAGAAAGUUGUUAUUGAAAUUGAAAACUUUCAAGGUGGAGGUACCAUUGGUCUCAAGAAAGCUGAAGAAUUCCAGUGAAAUAGUGCCGCUGAGUCUGUUCUCCUGUGCCAGAAAGUGAGUGAGGUGGGGCAGGGCAGCAAUCUCAGAUGGAACUUGGCCUGAAAGGGUGUUGUUCUGUAGCUCGAUAGUGAUCACAGAUGACAUCAAAUAAGUUCAGUUGGUAUGGAAGAGUCGAAUUGAUUGUCAUUGAGACAAAGCUGCAAGAGAUUUGAAUUCAGCAUUCCGAGUUCAGAAGGAAUCUAGAACAAGAAACACAGGUUGGUAUCCGCACAAAGUGCUUCUUGCUUGCUUGCUAGAACUUACUCGUCCAUGAAAAAGAUUCCUAUCUAAAUGGAUUUCAGAGGUCAAAUUGAGAAGGCCAAUUUCAGUCGGCAAUGUACCUGUGAUAAAGAGAAUGAGUUUGGUUGAGUUGGACAGCAUGAAAUUGUUCCUGAGAAAGAAAUGUAAUCCAUCAAAAGCAAUGUCUUGUCAAGAGGUUAUGCCAAAACAAACACAACUCAAAGUCUCCAAGCAAGCCAAUGUCUGACGCCAAAGUCCCAGUCAGACUGUUCUCAUCCAAGUAAAGCAUCUGAAGAUUGGUGAGUUGGAACAGUUCUGUUGGAAUGGAGCGCGAGAAAUGAUUUGCAUCCAUCAACAAUGUGUCCAUUCUGGAAAGCAUGCCAAUCUCAGUAGGCAGUGUGCCAGUGAGUUGAGUGCGCUCGCUGAGAAAGAAGGCAAGAGUGUCACUCAACAUCCCAAUCUCAGUAGGGAGAGCCCCCGUGACAUCAGUGAAGCUGAAGAUUGCUGCUUCCAAAUCUUGCAACUGGCCAAUCUUUGAGGAUAUGGGCCCAUCAAGCAUAUUGAAGAAGAGACUCAUUGUCUCCAAAUUUGUCAGCCAGUAGAUUUCUUCUGGUAGCUGGCCUUCCAAGUUGUUCAUGUGGAACCACAGCUGUUUGUAGGAACCUUGAGUUGGGUCCUCAAUCAAGUUCAUUGCCUCCAUAGCGUCAUUUGCAAUUGUAUCAUUGAUUGGUAGAUGACAUGGAUUCUGAUACUCCCCUCUGAAGUGAUUGUCACCUGUCCCAGGGAGCACAAAGGGAAUGGAUCCACUUGCAUACCAGAAACACUCAUGGUGGCUAUAACUACGCAAGUUAUCAGAGUAGGUCCAGUUGAAGCCAUUGGUGGAGUGAAACAGUGCCACCAGGGCAAAUCACUGUUUCACCCUCCAUUCCAAAUCGACAUAUUCCAUUAGAUCUGGAUCAUCCAAUAGCCAAUCCAAUGCUUUGGAUUGUGGAGACUCUGGGUCCUCCAAUGCCUGGAUAACUAGUGUAGUUUGGGAAGUAGCUCAGGAGCUGUUCAAAGACAGGAGAUGCACUAGGGGCCAUGUUAGAGUGCAUAGGGGCAUCUUCAUUGUUGGAUUCGACAGGUUCCAUGGCCAGUGUAGCUUCAGUUCCAUCAGCUGUUUUCCCCAACAGGACCACAAGUAGUACAACGAGAACAACAAGACAGAGGCCGAAGCCAAGAACCAAUGCAAUCCGCAUAUUUGACUCUUGUGUUUGUGUGUUCCUUUUCUUAGACUCUCUAUUCUCGUUAUAGUCUUCUGCUUGUGGCAAGC